AUGUCUUCAACACUAUUCCAAGAACAUCCCAUACCCAACAAGUCCUCUUGUCUACGACCGGAAGACGACAGUGUAUCAAUCAGAACAGUGCCACAUACCACUGAAACCCCGAAUCUUGUCCGUCUACAGACUGAUGUGUCUCACACACAAGAUGCACCGGUUCAGCAAUUCACGUCCUUUGAUGAAGUGCCGGACGAGGUGUAUGACAGGUUACCUGAGUCCCGGAAAAUCAUCAUCGUCUGCCUCCUAUCGUUCUGUAGCUUCCUGGCACCGAUAUCAAGCACCACCAUUUUAUCUGCUGUUCCAGAAGUUGCUUCCACGUACAAAAGCACCGGAACAAUCAUCAAUUUGAGCAACGCCCUAUAUAUGUUGUUUAUGGGAGUUUCGCCUGCGUUCUGGGGUCCUCUUAGUCAGAUUUGCAUUAUAACAGCGACCCUGUUCUUAGGCUGCUCACUCGGCACGGCACUAUCUCCAAAUCUUACGUCCUACUUUAUCUUCCGCAUACUCACUGCCUUCGAAGGAACCUCUUUUCUUACAAUUGGCGCUUCUUGUAUUGGCGAUAUCUACCGUCCAACCCAGAGAGCAACUGCUAUGGGGUUCUUUCUCUCUGGAACACUGAUUGGGCCAGCCUUCGGUCCUUUCAUCGGAGGUGUCAUCGUUACCUUCAGAUCCUGGCGUGUGAUUUUCUACUUGCAAACAGCCCUUGCGGGAGUCGCCGUCGUGGGAGCUUAUUUUCUGCUUCCAGAAACUGCUCAUCGGAUAAAGGCCGACGAACUUGUUGGCUUGCCUCUACGCGAGAAAGCGAGAAUAUUGGGAUCCAUGCUGAAUCCUUGGAGGGUACUGAAAUUGUAUCAAUACCCCAACCUUAUCAUGGUUGCUCUUGCUUCCUCCAGUCUGGUCUGGAACAUGUACUCUCUUCUCACACCAAUCCGUUAUGUGUUGAAUCCCAGAUUCAACCUCAACACACCCAUGCAAUCUGGAUUAUUUUACCUAGCGCCAGGUUGCGGUUAUAUUCUAGGCACAUUCUGUGGCGGAAGAUACGCAGAUUAUGUUACUAUUUCAUGGGCUAAGAAGCGCGGUACUCGUAUACCGGAAGAUCGUCUUCGCUCAUGCCUUCCAUUCAUGGGUAUUGUUAUUCCAUUCUGUAUGCUGAUAUAUGGUUGGAGUGUCGAGAAAAGAUUUGGUGGCAUCGCCCUACCAGUUAUCAUGAUGUUUGGACAAGGAAUAGCGCAACUCUUUUGCUUCCCUAGUGUGAAUACGUACUGUCUGGAUGUGAUGCAAUCCAAAAGCGCCGAAGUCAUUGCUGGAAACUACAUUAUCCGAUAUAUUUUUGCCGCUCUAGGCAGUGCCGUUGUUUUGCCUGCCGUCGAAGCUAUUGGGGUGGGCUGGUUCAGCACUAUUAGCGCUGGGUUUCUAAUCGUGAGUAGUCUGGCUACUGGAGCGGCCGUUAUCUGGGGGAAGGAUUGGAGAGACAAUAUUGAUCAUAAGAGAAGAGCUAAGCGCAAUGAAAACACUGAGGCAUACCAAAUGGAAGAGAAGGGUAAGGCGGAUGUGCCUGUGGUCUCCAACAAGAAAGUGGACGAGGCGGUUUAG